GGGAGUAGGCGGUGGCAUCCGCGGAGCCGGGCGUCCAGCUCUGCGGCCGUGGGCUGUGCGGUCGGAGCUCGUCCCGGCGUCUGGGCUGCCAGGCCCGAGAGGAAGCGCUCCAGGCGGCUGGAGGGCGGUGCGGGGCGGCCCGGGGAGCUGCGGUUGCCUCUGCAGCACCAUGUCCUGGAUCUUCAAGAGGGAUCCUGUUUGGAAGUAUUUGCAGUCUGUCCAGUAUGGAGCCCAUGGAAAUUUUCCACGACUCUCAUAUCCAACUUUCUUUCCGCGUUUUGAAUUCCAAGAUAUUAUCCCUCCAGAUGAGUUCCUAACCAGUGAUGAAGAGCUAGAUUCGGUUUUAUUUGGAACUCUGAGAGGUCAUGUUGUUGGACUACGCUAUUACACAGGAGUAGUAAAUAAUAAUGAAAUGGUUGCAUUACAACGGGAGCCUAACAACCCCUAUGAUAAGAAUGCGAUUAAAGUAAACAAUGUGAAUGGAAAUCAGGUUGGCCAUUUAAAGAAAGAUCUUGCAGCUGCUUUGGCCUAUAUCAUGGACAACAAGUUGGCCCAAGUGGAAGGGGUAGUUCCUUUUGGUGCAAACAACACUUUCACCAUGCCCCUCCAUAUGACUUUUUGGGGAAAAGAAGAAAAUAGAAAAGUGGUUUUAGAUCAGCUGAAGAAACAUGGAUUUAGAUUGGGUCCUGCAACCAAAACUUUAGGAUUGAGUUUGGAGAAUGGUUGGGGCUCUGCACGAGCUGGGCCAAGCUAUAGUAUGCCAGUUCAUUCUGCAGUACAGAUGACAACUGAACAGCUUAAAACAGAAUUUGACAAAUUGUUUGAAGAUUUAAAAGAAGAUGAUAAAACUCAUGAAAUGGAGCCAGCUGAGGCUAUUGAAACACCAUUGCUUCCACAUCAAAAACAAGCUCUAGCUUGGAUGAUUUCACGAGAAAACAGCAAAGAACUUCCUCCAUUCUGGGAGCAGCGAAAUGACUUAUAUUAUAAUACAAUAACAAAUUUUUCUGAGAAGGAACGACCAGAAAAUGUUCAUGGAGGAAUUUUAGCUGAUGAUAUGGGUUUGGGUAAAACACUUACUGCCAUUGCAGUAAUUCUUACCAACUUCCAUGAUGGCAGUCCUCUUCUUGUUGAAAGACCUAAGAAGAAUCAGUCAAAGAAGGAACACAAGGAAUGUAGUUUUAAGAAUGAAUCUAUGAAACUUGGAAGAACUACUACCAGUGAAAAGGUAGAUGGACUAAGCAAAGAGGCAUCUAGAUGUAUUGAAGAACCCGGUAUUUCAGACAUCAAGGAAAAGAAUAAAUGUUCCAUGUCAGAAUUAUCUAGUUUCCGCCACAAAAGAAGAAAAAUUGCUGUUCAGUAUAUUGAAAGCAGUGAUUCAGAGGAGAUUGAAAAAAGUGAAUUGCCACAGAAAAUGAAAGGCAAACUGAAAACUGUACAAUCAGACACUAAAAGUAGAAUAAAAGAGCUACCCAUACAACAAAAAGGAAAGUGUUGAAAAAAGGAACAUCUAUGGUGGAAGGUACCAAGAAAUCUGAUGUUGAAGAGAGAACAAGAACAACACUGAUCAUCUGUCCACUUUCUGUGUUGAGCAACUGGAUUGACCAAUUUGGACAGCAUAUAAAAUCAGAGGUGCACUUGAAUUUUUAUGUUUAUUAUGGUCCUGAUCGUAUUAGAGAUCCAGCCUUGCUUUCAAAACAGGAUAUUGUUUUGACUACUUACAAUAUUUUAACUCAUGAUUAUGGAACUAAAGAUGAUAGUCCAUUACAUAGCAUCAAGUGGCUAAGAGUGAUCCUGGAUGAAGGACAUGCCAUACGAAACCCAAAUGCUCAGCAGACAAAAGCUGUACUUGACUUAGAGGCAGAAAGAAGAUGGGUAUUGACAGGUACUCCCAUCCAGAACUCUUUAAAGGACUUGUGGUCUCUUCUGUCCUUCUUGAAACUCAGACCAUUUCUUGAUAGAGAAUGGUGGCAUAGAACAAUACAGCGUCCUGUCACAGUGGGCGACGAGGGGGGACUGAGGCGUUUACAGUCUCUAAUCAAAAAUAUCACACUUAGAAGAACAAAGACAAGCAGAAUCAAAGGUAAACCUGUUUUGGAGUUACCAGAACGAAAAGUGUUUAUUCAGCACAUUACACUUUCAGAAGAAGAGAGAAAGAUUUAUCAGUCUGUGAAAAAUGAAGGCAAAGCUACUAUUGGAAGGUAUUUUACUGAAGGGACUGUCCUUGCACACUAUGCGGAUGUCUUGGGUCUUUUGCUUAGAUUGCGGCAGAUUUGUUGUCACACUCAACUUCUUACAAGUGCAGUAUCUUCAAGUAGUCUCUCCGGCAAUGAUACACCAGAAGAACUGAGAAAGAAGUUAAUAGGGAAGAUGAAGUUAAUUCUGAGCUCAGGUUCUGAUGAAGAGUGUGCAAUCUGCUUGGAUUCUUUAACACUGCCUGUGAUAACACAUUGUGCACAUGUAUUCUGUAAACCUUGUAUUUGCCAGGUCAUUCAGAGUGAACAGCCACAUGCUAAGUGCCCUUUAUGCAGAAAUAGUAUACAUGGAGAUAAUUUAUUAGAAUGUCCUCCAGAAGAAUUGGCAUGUGGCAAUGAGAGAAAGUCUAAUGUGGACUGGACGUCUAGCUCCAAGAUUAAUGCUCUGAUGCACGCUUUGAUUGACUUACGGACAAAGAAUCCCAACAUAAAAAGUUUAGUUGUUUCUCAGUUUACCACAUUCCUAUCUUUAAUAGAAACACCACUUAAAGCUUCAGGAUUUGUGUUUACUCGUUUGGAUGGUUCCAUGGCCCAAAAGAAAAGAGUUGAAUCAAUUCAGUGUUUUCAAAACACUGAAGCAGGAUCUCCGACUAUAAUGCUGUUGUCCUUAAAAGCAGGUGGAGUUGGUUUGAAUCUUUGUGCAGCUUCUCGAGUAUUUUUAAUGGAUCCAGCCUGGAAUCCUGCUGCUGAAGACCAGUGCUUUGACAGAUGCCAUAGACUUGGCCAGAAGCAAGAAGUUAUCAUCACAAAAUUCAUUGUGAAGGAUUCUGUUGAAGAAAAUAUGUUGAAAAUACAAAACACAAAAAGAGAACUUGCAGCCGGAGCUUUUGGAACCAAAAAAACCGAUGCUAAUGACAUGAAGCAAGCGAAAAUCAAUGAGAUCAGAACUUUAAUUGACCUGUAACUUGGGGGACUUCUGUGAGGUCAGCUUGAUCAGAUACCUAAGUUUUGGAUUUGAGACGCAUUUAAGAGCGAAAUGUAAAGAGUAUUCCUUCUAAAAGGGACAUAUUUUAUAUUAGUAAAGAGGUGUUACACAAAAUCUCCUCUAUUAUGAACCUAUUUUUAAUGAUACUUCAGAUAGCAAUAAAGCUCCAUUGUACACUGUGGCCUAAAAUAAGUUCUUUGGGAAAGUUAUUCAACUUUUCAUAGUAUCUGUGCUGAGUAUUUUCAUAUAUCUUCUAAGUACUCAGCUUUUUCAUACUUCAACUAAGGUCAAAGCUUUUAUACUUUUGACCAAUAGUUUUUUUGUUUUUUUUUUUUUUUUUCUAUUUUGGAAAUACUUGGUUAUUUUCCAAAGCCUCUGAUUUAUGAUUCAGUGGAUCUGUAGGCCUUAUAAAUCAUUAACAAACAUAUAUGCAGACUAUUAAGAGAGAUUGACUUUAUUGGACUUUCAAAAACUUAUUUGCAUUCCAAAACCAAACGUUAAAUGAGAGACCAAAGUUCAGGUGAUCAAGUUACUUACAAUUUUUUUUGUAGCUUCAUUGAGAGAUAAUUUAGAUGCUACUUGAAUUCUAUCUUCACAAAAAUAUUAGGGACCGUAUCAGCAUUGUUUGUCCAUUUUAGUCAGGUGGUACUACAUUAUUUAAAUGUAAUGAUAUUAACACAGGGUGUAAAUACAGUCUGUAGGGGCGAGGAAACCAGACCUACCCAAUUUGAUUUGAAUGCUUAAAUUAUGAAAUUUAAAUAGAUAUUUCUAUAAAUACUUUUUAUUUAUGUAGGUUUUUGGGAAGUAACUAUAAAUUUUUAUAAUUCAGAGGACUACUACUAUAUGUGAGAGGUGGUAAAUUGGAUGGAAGCUGAGCUGAUGACUUCCAAAGUCAUUUCAACUCUAAAGAACAUCUUAAUCCUGAGUAUAAAAAUUCAUGUAUGUUUAGAAUCAGAAUUUUGGAUUUUCCUUUACCCUUUUUUUGUUAAUAAGAAAACUAUUUGCCACAGUAUAGAUGACUUUUGGGGUCAUAUUUAAAACUAAUAAGCAAUCAGGGGAGGUCAUCAGUGGUUUCAUUUCCCUGAGGGAUUUUCCUUUGUAAUCCAUAGUAGUAGUAAGAAAGGGUUCAUGCUGUAUGACAGACAGAAGAACAUUUGAGAUUUCCUGUUUACUUUAGAAGAGACUUGCCUGAAAGAGCUUAGAAACAGCAUUGUUAUAAGGUACCCAUCUAAGGUAUGUGCCAGAUAUCUUACCCACUAAGUCCUCUCCAACCUGUUCUUGUUCUAAGGGAACAGCAGAUAAGCUUACAAGAAUCUUCCCAAUACUGUUUCUCAGAAGGUGAGACAGGGAUUAGUUUUCAUCAAGACUUUUCUACAGAUGAAAGUGGAAUAAAUUGGGACUGGCCUGCUAGGAUUAGGAGCCCUGGGGAAAAUGUUACCAUGUAGUUCACACAAAACAGAUUGAUUGAACUCCCAUUAAAUAUGGUAUUAUAGUUAUGUAGGUACCCAUACUCCAUUGAGAUAAAAGUAUAAACAGAUUUUGGACAAAACAAAAAAUGUAGCACAGUCUUCUCAAUCACAAAGGUGUAAACCCUUUCAAACUCACUGUAAUUGAAGGCAGUUUCCUUCUUACCCAAACCAUGAGAGAGUUGGCUUUACAACACGUAUCGUUUGUCAAGUGAUUUAGAAAAUACCUUUUUGUUUUUGUAGCAUAUCAAAUGGUGUUAAAUUAAAAAGUCAGUUUAUCCUAAGACAUACAAGCCAUUGGAAUGAAAAAACUUCACAUUAUGCUAUGCUGUUAAUUCUGUUUUAUUGCUGCAUAGAAUAGUAGCUUACAAAUACACUGAAAACACUGUGUUUCCAGUUAUGGUUCAAACUGAAUUUUGUGUUUCAGACUGAAUUUUGCUUUAAAUUUAAAAAUAAAAACCUCAAAAAUAUGUUAUCUUCCUUGGUGUCAUAAUUUGGUGACUAUAUUUAAACAGAAAUCAUCAAAUCUCAUGUCUGUAAAGAUGUUUAUGUUGAACAGUUUUUUAUUGAAUCAUAUUAAAAUAUUCUAACAAUU